AUGGUUUGUGCAAUUUGCAAUGCCUUUCGCCCUCCACUUGCUUCGAAUUCUCCCAAUGACAUUGUAAUUGUCGAGAGAAUUAUGGCAUUGUCCAAAACACCUAACAAACUUCAAACUCUUAUUGAGGCAGAAGGGUUAACAAAGAAGCGGUCUAUUUGGGUAAAGCUUGAUGAGGCCAGUUUGCCUGAUUUCCCGAAACAGGCAAAAUCCUACACCAAAGAGCACUUAGCUGAAGAUGGUCAGUAUGAACUUAUGCUAUGCAGGGAGAAACCUGACUUGAUCAAAGUUCAGAUUCGUUCACGACAUGUUGCUUCGAAGGUGUACAAUCUUUGGAUUGAAUAUUCUAAUGGACUGACCCCAAUAUCAGGCUGGUAUUGUCAAUGUAAGGUUGGUGCCAGAGUAGUCGGCUGCUGUGCCCACAUUGCAUCUGUCCUAUGGUAUCUUUCUUAUGACCGACACCAGUCUGAUACUGCACAAACAACUGCCUCCUCAAGUUUCCUUAGUUGUGUUGAUGACGCAAUGACGGUGGAGAACUGGUCAGAUUGUGACAGCGACAGUGACUCCUAA